CCUAGAUCCCGAGCUCGGCGCGGCGUCGUAGGCUUCCGGACACCGCUCCCUGCGCCCCUCUCCGGGACCUGGCGCCCCGGCUUCUGGACUCUAGGUGCCCUUAGGUCCCCAGCCGCCGGCGAGACUUAUGGCCCCCCAGGGGGGUGAAGUGGGAGCAGCCUGAGUACCCUCAGCCGGUGCCCCGUCCACGCCCCUCCGGGCCGCGUGGCGGGAGUCUUUGGGGAGCUAUGCUGAGGCCGGGUGGUGCGGAGGAAGCCGCGCAGCUCCCCUUUCGGCGCGUCCGCGCCCCUGUCUCCGCGCCCGCGCCUAGACCCACGGGCCCCGACGGCUCUCGGGCUUCGGCCCGCCUAAGUCUUGCUUGCCUUCUGCUGCUGCUGCUGACGCUGCCGGCCCGCGUAGACACGUCCUGGUGGUACAUCGGGGCGCUGGGGGCCCGAGUGAUCUGUGACAAUAUCCCUGGUCUGGUGAGCCGGCAGCGGCAGCUGUGCCAGCGUUACCCAGACAUCAUGCGCUCGGUGGGCGAGGGUGCCCGAGAAUGGAUCCGAGAGUGUCAGCACCAGUUCCGCCACCAUCGCUGGAACUGCACCACCCUGGACCGGGACCACACUGUCUUUGGCCGUGUCAUGCUCAGAAGUAGCCGGGAGGCAGCAUUUGUAUAUGCCAUCUCAUCAGCAGGGGUGGUCCAUGCUAUCACUCGUGCCUGUAGCCAGGGUGAACUGAGUGUGUGCAGCUGUGACCCCUACACCCGUGGCCGACAUCAUGACCAACGUGGGGACUUUGACUGGGGUGGCUGCAGUGACAACAUCCACUAUGGUGUUCGUUUUGCCAAAGCCUUCGUGGAUGCCAAGGAGAAGAGGCUUAAGGAUGCACGGGCUCUCAUGAACUUACAUAACAAUCGCUGUGGUCGCACGGCUGUGCGGCGGUUUCUGAAGCUGGAGUGUAAGUGCCAUGGCGUGAGUGGCUCCUGUACUCUGCGCACCUGCUGGCGUGCACUCUCAGACUUCCGCCGCACAGGUGAUUACCUGCGGCGGCGCUAUGAUGGGGCUGUGCAGGUAACGGCCACCCAGGAUGGUGCGAACUUCACGGCAGCCCGCCAAGGCUAUCGCCGUGCUACCCGGACUGACCUUGUCUACUUUGACAACUCCCCAGACUACUGCGUCUUGGACAAGGCUGCAGGUUCCCUAGGCACUGCAGGCCGAGUCUGUAGCAAGACAUCAAAAGGGACAGACGGUUGUGAAAUUAUGUGCUGCGGUCGAGGGUAUGACACAACUCGAGUUACCCGUGUCACCCAGUGUGAGUGCAAAUUCCACUGGUGCUGUGCUGUGCGGUGCAAGGAGUGCAGAAACACUGUGGAUGUCCAUACUUGCAAGGCCCCCAAGAAGGCAGAGUGGCUGGAUCAGACCUGAACAUAUAAAUACCUCACUCAUCCCUCCACUUCAAACCUCCUGACUCAAAAGCACAAGAUCUUUUGCAUGCACACCUUCCUCCACCCUCAACCCUGGGCUGCUACAGCUUCUAUUUAAGGACUUGGAAAGUACUCCAGAGGGACUCUGGUGUCCUAGCUGGUUCCUUAGCCCUGGGAAGGAGUUGACAGGGGAUGUAAAAAAACCGAGCAGCUCCCUGACUCCCCAGUCUGGAGGUUAGAAGGCAGAGUCGAAGAGGUAGGAGUCUUCAGAGCAAUGUGAGUUGCACUAAAGCACAUGGUCAAGGUUCAUUUUUCCUUUCCCUUGCAUUGGCUUCCUGACACAUCUUGGGUGUGCAAGAGAAAGGGUACCUGGAGAGAACUUCUUUUUUUCCUACCUGGCUGAGGGUAGAUGGGACAGAGAUGAAACCACGUAUCUCUUCCCUGGGUCAGUGUGAGCUAACUGCCUGGUACCCCAAAAGAAACUCUUAGGCUGAAACAUUCUUCCAUUAUCAAGAGCCUGGGAUUGCUAGAAAAGAGUUAGCCAUAGCGGACAAGUUCCAUUCUCGUGCUAUUACGUUUAUAAACUGCUGUGUUUUGUAGGAGAAAAGAAUUAUAUAACUAUACAAACAUA